UUCAUAUAUGAGAGCAUGUGGAGGAGGAUGCUAUGGAGGAACUCACUUGGUAGAACAGUUUGUUGCAAAUCAUUCAGUUCCUUCUUUAAAAAUACUCUAUCUAAACACUGCCAACCACAGCAUUUCAGUGCAAAGACUCUCUCUACAACCGUGUCAACCAAAAUGGCGGACUUAGUGAAAGUUGUGACCGUGCUGAACGGUUUUGCUCCUCCGAGUCUAGCUGAGAGCUGGGAUAACGUUGGCCUCUUGGUAGAACCGUCCCCUCCUCACGAGGUCUCACGGAUGCUCCUCACGAACGAUCUGACAGAGGGCGUUCUUGCAGAAGCUGUUGACAAGAAGGCGAACUUUAUCCUGUCGUACCAUCCUCCGAUCUUCGUGCCCCUGAAGAGGCUGACGCAGAGAAGUUGGAAGGAGAGGAUCGCAGUGAGGUGUCUGGAGAACCGUAUUGCUGUGUACUCUUCGCACACCGCGUACGAUGCUGUGAAGGGAGGCGUAAACGACUGGCUGGCAUCUGGGUUAGGUGUUGGACAGGUAUCUCCUCUGGAGGCAUCAUUACAGCCACAUCCCCAGGGCCAUGUGUUCUUACUGGAGGUGUUAGCUGACAAGUCAUCUGCCCUCACCCUGCAGGGGAAACUUACAGCCUUACAGCAGGGACAUGUCACCACACAGGAUGUAACCACAGGUAGUGGCGACUGCACCAGGAUCAACGUAAGGUGUUCCCAGCAUGCAUUGGUACAGGCCGUCGACUGUGUCAAUCAAACUCUUGGAGACAAGGCUGGCACAAGUCUUCAAGUGGUGAAACUAGAAAAGCCCCCCCUCCCAGGUGCAGGAAUGGGACGGCUGGUGACCUUGGCCGACCCUGUCACACUGUCAGCCCUGCUAUCCAGGGUCAAGACUCAUCUGGGACUGAACUAUGUCAGGCUGGCCAUGGGGGAGGGCAGGACCAUGGAAGGUUCUACUGUACGAAGUGUCGCCCUGUGUGCUGGAUCGGGCGGCAGCGUACUGAAGGGGGUCAAAGCCGACGUUUACCUGACAGGAGAGAUGUCUCAUCACGACGUCCUGGAUGCUGUUGCCAUGGGAACUAGUGUCAUCCUUUGUGAACACAGCAACACCGAGAGGGGUUUCCUACGUGUCUUGCAGGGGCAGUUGACAGCAAUGUUAGAUGGGAAGGUUGAAGUGAUGGUGUCAGAUGUUGACAAGGAUCCACUUGAAGUUGUGUAGAAUUGAAAAUCUAUGAUAUCCAAGUUGCUGAUCCUUAUAUUAUAAUACCAGUAAGUGCUAAUUUUCUGCAAGGCCUCUUUUCCACUAGACCACGAUCAUUGCUGAGCGACUUUCCAAGGACCAAACUCGAUAUGCGUGACCCUUAAUUUUGAAAUAGGAAUGUAGUGGACGAUCAACUCUUAGUAUUCCACUGGAUGCAUAGUACGGCCACAUUAGAAAAAAAACAUGAAUGUAAAGUUAUUUGAAGAGAUGUAUCUAUGCAGCAUUAGUAAUCCUAAGAUA